UUUCCAGCCCCGAUGAGGCUAGUUCGUUUACUAGAAGGAAUAACCUAUCAGGCAGAAGUCCACAUUUCCUACACAGCAAGGCCAACAGCCGCCAUUAUUGGUGCCAGUAAAGCGUUUUCCUCCCUAUUUCUGGCAUUAUUCGCUUCGCUGCACCGAACGUUUCCUUACGAUCCACAGAUCUGAGUGGUUUCCCUUCUCUUUCCUUGUUCUGGUUUUGGGGUAUCGAUCUCCAAUCGGGUUUUAGGGUUUCACUUUCUCCCGAGGCGUUUCUCGUCAUCCUGCUCUGAAUUUGCGUUUGAAUCUGUAAAUGUGGUGUUAACAACUUGCUAAUUGCUCUUAGAAGAUGGGGGAACUGGUUCCAAUUUACUAUAGCAUCGUCGCUUUUUUAUGCACUAGCGGAGCUAUUGCUCUGGCCGUUUUGCACAUUUACAAGCACCUCCUCAAUUACACGGAACCUACUUAUCAGCGCUUCAUUGUUCGUAUAAUUUUUAUGGUCCCGGUUUAUGCAUUAAUGUCGUUCUUGUGCCUUGUUCUACCUGACAGUUCAAUCUAUUUUAAUUCUGUUCGGGAAGUCUACGAAGCUUGGGUAAUUUAUAAUUUCUUGACUUUGUGUCUGGAAUGGGUUGGUGGUCCUGGAGCAGUGGUCCUAAGUUUGAGUGGCCGGAUUCUGAAGCCAUCAUGGUAUCUGAUGACUUGUUGCUUACCUCCUCUACCGCUGGAUGGCCGUUUUAUAAGGAAAUGCAAGCAAGGAUGUUUGCAGUUUGUGUUUUUGAAGCCACUCUUAGCUGCCAUCACACUUGUACUUUAUGCAAAGGGGAAAUACAAAGAUGGAAAUUUCAGCCCAAAGCAAUCGUACCUGUACCUCACAAUUAUAUAUACAAUCUCAUACACAAUGGCUCUCUACGCUCUUGUUUUGUUUUAUGUGGCCUGCAAGGAUCUGCUUAAGCCAUUCAAUCCAGUCCCAAAGUUUAUCAUCAUAAAAUCUGUUGUAUUUCUGACUUACUGGCAGGGUGUUUUGUUUUUUCUUGCUGCCAAGUCGGGAUUCAUUGAGAAUGCAGAUGAAGCUGCUCAACUCCAAAAUUUUAUCAUUUGUGUUGAAAUGCUUGUCGCUGCUGUGGGGCAUUUUUAUGCAUUCCCAUACAAAGAAUAUGCAGGUGCUAAUAUAGGUGAAUCCCGUGGGCUGACAGCUAGCAUUGCACAUGCGCUAAUGAUAAAUGACUUUUACCAUGACACAGUACACCAGUUUGCACCGACUUAUCAUGAUUAUGUUCUAUAUAACCAUGGUGAAGGUGAAGAGGGAACAAGAAAGUAUAGGUCACGGACUUUUGUUCCAAUUGGCCCAGAGAUGGACACUGUGAGAAGAAAUAAGCAUAUGUUCGGAAACAAGAUCGAGGAUGUACAGCUCUCAAAUCUUUCUUCUUCCAAUACUAGCGCUUCCUCGUAUUCUGGACGAGUAUCUGAUACAAUGAAAUCUUCCUUGCUUGUGGAUAUUUCAAAUUCUACACCUACGCCGUAUGACAUGACACUAAUUGAUUUGGAUGAAUCCAGUUACCCUGCAAAGGUUCCUGCAGCCGAUAAAGCUGGCACUAAGUGACUCGGGGGGUAGAUUCAGAGCUCGCUUGGUCGGGAAAAAUGUUGUAAGUAGAUAUAGAAGAGAAGAUUGGGUGGUUUUCUAAUCAUUGCUUUUGUAUAGGGAGAAAAGAAAUAUGAGCCGAGUUGUAUUUUAUUUUAAUUUUGCAUUCUGGUAAUACAUGUGAGCAAAUCACACGUCAACAUUUAUAUUGGUGUACAUUGAGUUGAUAGCCCUCAGUCGGCCUCGCUCAAGUAAAUGUCCCUGAUUUUGAGCUUUACAAUGUAACUAGUUAAUUUGUCCUGUGUGCAAAUUGUAGAUACUCAACUUUAUCUUGCUUUAAACAUGAUAUCAGGAACAGAGCAAGUCAAUAAGGAUUAUUUGAUUGUUUGUUGAUUGAUUGAA